AUGUUCAUAAUUCAUCAUUAUUUUUUAUUUCACUCAGAAGUAGAAAAAUGGUAGCCAGCCCACACUAGCUUUCAGUGCUUUUACUAUUUUGCACAGUUGGGGUGACUACGUCACACCCCAUAAGGACAUUGCAUUUUUCUGCUUUCCCAAUUGAUCUCCUCCUUUAUACGAUUCUCCCUUCCCAAGCACUGAACCAGAUCGCACUUUACCUACACGAAAUCGAUCGAUAAUAUGGAAGCUCUUCUCUCCCAGUUCACUUUCCUCUCAGACCAGGCCCUCCAUGACAAGAACUUCGAUCCGUCCACCAUCGAAGAUCUGAUGAAACUCUUCGAGCUCGAAGCCUACAACGCGUGGGCCGCCAUGGAACUCGAGCACGCCAAAGAGGUUCAAGAAGCCGAAGAUUCCAUGAAAGAUGCCGAAACCUACCUCGAUCUGGUCAUGGAAGACGCCAUGGAAGAGUUCCGGCGGUUCGAGGCGGAGCUCGACCGCACCGCCGAGACCGAACUGCAGAGCCUCGUCAGCGUUGCGGAAACCGCGAGGAAUAUGGGGAAGUCGCUGGAGAAGGCGGCGUCUUUGGCUUCCAAGAAAUAUGUUGAAGCCGCGCUCAAUUCUGCAACUGCUUCCAUGAAAACGGCCUGGAAGGGUCUGUCUUCCCCUUCUAAUAAGGUUCAUCCUUCCUAAUUAAUCAACAAAAUCUUCUUUAAUUCUGUAUGGGAUCCAUCUUUAUUUCUGUACUAGAUUUCCGAUCGGGCGCCCGCGGUUUGAUUAUGAAUUUACAUGGAUGGGUGCCUCCUGAAAAUUACUACAGGGAAAUGCAAAAUUGGGAUGAGCUCUUGAAUUUUCUGGGGGCUGUAGAUCUAA